UCUGGAGCCAUGGCUGCUGAUGCUCACUCUCAGAUCUCUCUCUGUGUUGUUAUAAACGAGAAUUGUAUUAAAAAUUUUUAUUUUGACUGCUCUACAAUUAAAUUGAUCGGAAUUUAAUUGAAGUAGCUCUUGAUUAAUAAUUAGGAUUCAUAUUGUAUAAUAAAAGUGCUUUUAUUCAAUAUUCUACGUGCGUUAAAAAUAUCAAUCUCAAGGUAAGAGAAUAAUGAUAUUCAACAAGUGCAAUAUUCGAUGGGCAGCUCAAAACAGAUGAUCUAUAGAGAAAUAACGCGGUAACAAAAAAUCGACCGCUAAUCAUGUUCACGUUGAGAAAAUAAGGGAUAAAUGCCCUUUUUACGAAAGUUUCUAUUAAGGCUGACGAUUCUUGCAUUGUUUCUGGUAGCCCUCUACUGCUAUCAGACAUCUAAUGGUGGGCACUGGAUUGUGCCUAAUCUACGAAUGCGAAAUGCAAGCCUGGCGAAUCAUACAACCACCUUAAAGGUGACAAAUUAUUCCAUCGAGACUGCUCAAGACAAUUAUUUAUCUUCGACAACAAAUGCUCUGCCACACAAUUGGACAGACUAUUACAAUAUUUGGUGUAUCUUCACCAAAGUUGCUUCAAACUCGCCCAUGAGACGCAAGUUCCAGAUAUUUGUAGAUUCUUUGCUCAGAUUCACCUCUGUAAACAUUGCCUUCCAUGUUAUAAGUGAUGAUGAGAGUCAAAAUAUAGCACAAAUUGUUAUUGGAGAUGUUAUGGUUAAUACUGGAAAGUUUAUGAGGGUGUUUUAUUAUGAUGUACAUAAACUGGCCACACAAUUAGAGGAUAUUGUAUCAGUUAUGUCCCCACAUUUUAGUAGUAAACCAGGAACGUAUUAUUCUGAUGCAUUGUUCUUUCUCUCGCUGGGCAUGCACAAGAUUGCACCGAGUCACCAGAAACUUGCCGCGAUGUUCGAUGCGGAUACAAAAUUUCGCAGAGACGUAAAGGAUUUAUUUGAAGAGUUUAAUAAUUUUGGGAAGGAGGCUUUGUUCGGCUUGGCUCCAGAGUUGACCCCCGUUUACCGACAUGUUUUGUACUUAUAUCGUACUAAACAUCCAACAACAAUGUUUGGCGAACCUCGGCACAAGGGCGGAUAUCCUGGCUACAAUAGUGGGAUGGUGCUUUUUAAUUUAGAAAGAUUACGAAAGUCUCUCGAAUACAAUGAAAUUCUUACUAAGAAUAGUGUGGAUAUAAUGACAGAGAAAUAUCACUUCAAGGGUCAUUUAGGCGAUCAAGAUUUUUACACACUUCUAGGCAUGGAAAGACCAGAACUUAUCCACACAGUUGAUUGCGGUUGGAAUAGGCAACUUUGUACCUGGUGGCGUAAUCGUGGUUAUGCGGAUAUAUUUGCCAACUACUCAGAAUGCCACUCAGAGAUCAAACUGUGGCAUGGGAAUUGCAAUACUCCUAUACCUGAUGAUUAAUGAUUUAUAAUUUUUAUCGAAAUUUCACAUGUACGCAUGUGUGUAUAUAGUAAAUAUUAAAUAUAAAAAAUGCUUCCAAUUUGUAAUUUUAAGAACAAUGGUAUUAAAGUAUGAACAAAAUGAUACACAAACUAAGAAUGUUAAAGAGAAUUAUAAGUAAAAUUA